UUGGACUAUUCUCUGUUGCUACGUAUGAGAUAAAUCCAUACAUAUUGUUAGGUCGUGCCCUCGUGGAAGUGAUUAAUAAUCAAUCUCAUCCGCUAAACUUAAAACAACUUUAAAUUUGGUCCAUACUCCUGAAUGAGAAGUGGAACUUGAUCACUUUAAUUCUUGUGUAAUAAUCUUAAAGCAAAUUGACCAGAUACACUUUCUCUGACGUUUUCAUCUCUACCUCAGAUCUGAGCUCUCGUAUAUUCCCCAGCCAUGGCCAAAAAGGUCAACAUAAUGAGGCUCAAGGUUGAUCUGGGGUGCCACAAAUGCUACAAGAAGGUAAAGAAGAUUCUCUGCAAAUUCCCACGUGAAAAAAUCCGAGACCAGGUGUACGACGAGAAGAAUAACAUCGUGACCAUCGCGGUGGUUUGCUGUAACCCUGAGAAGCUCAGGGACAAAAUUUGCUGCAAAGGUUACGGUACUAUCAAAAGCAUUGAAAUUUGUUGAACCUCCCAAGCUCAAACCACGUCUGAAGCCCAAGCCGCCGCCGCCGCCACCGGUUUCGGUUCCGAUUGGGUUGUGCUGUGUUCCAUGCUUUGAUGGGUACGGUGCCCUCCCCCCUGUUAUGACGCUUAUUAUGAUAGUUACGGCGGUGGGAGCAGGCCUUGUUACGUGAAGAAAACACCUCUGCUUGCACAAUUAUGUGAUCGAUCACAUCACAUUAUUAAUACCUUCAGUCAUCGAAUCUAUCACUUGUGCCGGCCAUGCAUGCAAGUUGUGUCAACGGCGCGUUCUUCCAUCAUCACCCUCAACCUCAUCAAUUGACCGUGUCUUUAAUAAUCCAAGGAAUAAUAGUCUUUGUUUUUUGUGAGUACAAAUUAAUUACAAUGUUUCGUACGUGGAAUAAUAUGAUGAUAUGAUGCCAGAAAGUAGCUAAAGCAUAAAUGUUUUACUAUAAUGCACGCAACUAAUACUAUAUACCGUGAUAUCUUACACUUUUCACAAGUUAAUAAAGUUUCUUAAUUUGUGUACGAAUUAGUUA